CUCUCUCGCUCGCUCGCUCGCUCCGCUGGCGGCGCACCACUCGCUGCCUGCUCACGGAGUUGGGCGCGAGUUGCCUUUUUGGCGCCUAAAGAAGAAAUUCGUCGCCGUCAGAAGCAGCAGCCGAGUUUUCUCCGCGAGGCCCCGGCGCAGCUGGCACUGCGGAAGCCCCGAGCGUCGGGUCACCCCGGGUCGGUGCACUCGAGACAACUGCAAGUACCUACACCCCCCACCCCAUUUAAAGUCGCAGCUGGAAAUUAAUGGGAGAAACAAUCUGAUUCAACAGAGGACUGCCGCAGCCAUGUUCGCCCAGCAGAUGCAGCUUAUGCUCCAGAACGCUCAGAUGUCAUCUCUUGCAUCUUUUCCUAUGAAUCCAUCGCUUGCAGCUAAUCCUGCCAUGGCUUUCAAUCCUUACAUGCAUCAUCCUGGGAUGGGCCUGGUUCCUGCUGAUUUUUUACCAAAUACUCCAGUUCUGUUUCCUGGAAAUCCACCUCUUGCAUUGCCAGGAGUUCCUGCCCCAAAACCAGCUCGUACAGAUAGACUGGAGGUUUGCCGUGAAUUUCAGCGUGGAAAUUGUACCCGUGGGGAGAGUGAGUGUCGCUACGCUCACCCUACUGAUGUUUCUAUGAUUGAAGUGUCUGACAAUACUGUGACAAUCUGCAUGGAUUACAUUAAAGGCCGAUGCUCCCGGGAGAAAUGCAAGUACUUUCAUCCUCCUCCCCACUUGCAAGCCAAGCUCAAGGCAGCUCAUCACCAGAUGAACCAUUCAGCGGCUGCUGCAAUGGCCCUGCCGCCUGGUGCACUUCAACUGAUACCAAAGAGGUCAGCCCUUGAUAAGGCCAAUGGUGCCACCCCGGUCUUUAAUCCCAAUGUUUUCCACUACCAACAGGCUCUGGCUAACAUGCAGAUUCCGCAGCCGGCAUUUAUCCCUACAGGGCCAAUACUGUGCAUGGCACCCGCUUCAACUUUUGUGCCCAUGAUGCACGGUGCUACACCUUCCACUGUGUCUGCAGCAGCAACACCUGCCACCAGCGUUCCCUUCGUUCCAACAACUACAGGCAAUCAGAUGCCCCACUUUUCAAUAGAUGAACUGAAUAGGAGCAUGUUUGUUUCUCAGAUGUAGAAGUUACCAGUAGAACAUUGAAAUUCUGAGCAGCAGAGUUACGGAGUAUCAGAAUGUCUCAGCAAGAAACUCCAUAUGGCCUUUCUAUAUGUAUUCUCGUAUGUCCUCUUCUACCAACACGACAAUAAGCAUGGUGCAGUCCAUAUAUUAAGCACAUACACCAGCUGAAAAUUGAAAAUUGAAAAUAAAGCAUUCAAAAAUCUUUGGAGAUAUUAAAGUGAAUAGAAAAUUGACCACUGUGUGUUACCUAGUAUGGAUUAUUAAUUGUAUAUGAGUUAGCAUAUAGAAUACGACCAUAUAGCUUUGACAUUUAUUUGAAUUAUCAGCUCCGUAUUACAAGAAUUACCCAUCUGAUAUGAUUAUCAUAUUGAAGUUAACCAUAAAGUUUUCUAGUUUUUUUUUUCCAAAAAUGAUUGAUGUUAAGUGAACUUGCAGAGUACUGUAGUAAGCUUACUAUACAUUCUUGGUGGAUAAAUUCUGUUUCUGAAGUGUUACCUUACUGUGUUGUUUACAGGAUAAUCUAUUGGAUUGAUGUAGAAUGUAACUAAUAUAUCCAGUACUAUUUUCCCCAUUGAUAUAUUGUAUUAAAUUGGGUUCUGUUUGGCUUUUCCAUGCUAGUGUUUUAUUGUU